AUGGUUGACGUCGCUGUGCCGCCCGAGAUACCGCUGAAAAUACUCAAUGUCUUCACCGAUCAAGACGGUGACAUUCGAGUCAAAGAAGACAACCUCCGAGAAGUGCUUAGUCGCUUUCGCAACUACAGCCGCGACAUCACCGUCCAGGUCCUGAGCACUCUUCGCAACGAGCUGGCAGACCAGGUCGGCGCUGUCAGGGACAACGCGGAGCUGGCUCGGGCGCAGCUGGCCGAGGACCUCCACAAUGACCUCGCCACGAAGAAGGUGCUGGCAGAGGUCGAGGAACUUGCACAGGGUGCCCAUGCCAAAGCAGAUGUGCUUGGCGUGCAGCUGAAAUCCAUGGAUGGCAGGCUCCGGCAAAUUGCUGCAACCUUGGCCAAUCAGGCUCAUACGUACUCGACCGGGUCUGAUGACCUGGCCAUGACAGCCCCCGCCGUCAUGAGCUCUUCAACGCUGACUGUGGAGAGGGAGCCGAGUGAGACCUUUGCCGGAAUUUCGGCGCCCGCCCGUGGGGCGACCUUCUCGCCGAAGUCCGAAGCCGGAGCUGUCAAUCGAACCUUCUCGGCUCGUUCCGCCGCCGGACAAGCGCCGGAACCAGUGCGAAAUGCGGCUAGCAAAGCCGACGUCGAGGCUCUGCUGUCUUCCCAGGAGGCUCUUUGGAAGGAGGCCGUGGAUGCAGUGAAAGAGGAGGUCGCAGACCUCGCAGCCAAGCAGAAGGAUUUGGAACAGUCCCUGCAAACUUCUGCCACUAGCUCGGACCUGGAGGCGCUCCGUGAUAUCCAGAAGGCGGCAGACGAGCAGCUUCUGCAAGCUCGACUGGAGAUCAGCGAGGAGCUUGCAGAGAUCCGGCGGUUCGCCCUGCAGACCUACGAGGAUGGCGCCUCCUCCAUGACGAGCCGCCUGGACUCGGACAAGCACGAGAUCGCGGGCAGCUUGGAGACCUUGCGACAGCGGACUGAGGCCCUCGAGGCUCUCAGCUCGAACGAGGAUCAGCGCUUGGAGUCAGCGUUGCGUGCCACAGACGAUCGUUUGUCGUCCGUGGAAGAGGGCCUGCGGUUGGCCAACGUCCAGCAGAUGCAAGAAUACCUGGCGCAGCUUGCGGCCGAAAUCGCUGCGGUGGCGCAGAAGACCAGUCAGAAAGCAGAAGGCUCCGAUGUCGCGCGUUCUGCCGAGCAGCUGGAGGAGGUGAGCAGCAAAGUCGCAGAGAUCGGCCUGCGGCUCUCGUCGGCGCUCCAACGCGUCUGGCCGCAUCUCGAGAGACUGGAUGAUCGGGCUCUCAAGCUGGAGGGCUGGAGUCGAGAGGCGGUGAAGGAGCUCAAGGCCCUGCGGAGUGUGGACUCGGAGCUCGCGCUUCGGCUGGAUAGGCUGGCCGACGAGGUCCAGGAAGUUGUCGGUUCCAGCGAGGAGAAGUGUCAGGCCCUGGAGCGAUCCUUGCAGGCACAGGCCACUUCGUCAGAGCAGAAGGAUGUUGCGGCGACAGAGCUCAUCACGACAUUGGAGGAGCGGCUGGAAACCCUCGAGAUGGAUUUGGAGAGGGAGACCCGGCGAGCGAAGGAGAAGGUGGAGGAGUCCAUCCACGAUUUCGGUGACAAGAUCUGCGCCUUCGAAGAGGCGAUCAAAGACAAAGAGCAAGCAGUGCAUUUCGGCGCACGGUGCUUAUCUUGCAACCGCACCUUCGACGACGUGGUCAAAACUCCAGGAACUGUGAAUCUUCCUGCAGAGAAGCGUCGGGCGCAGGUUUUUGCGGAGAUUCAGCGGGCUCUACACACUCCCAGGACUGACCCAGAGACCAUCAAACUCUUGGCUGUCAAGGUGGGAAGGCCAACUGCGGUGACUGCGAAGCAAAGUUCUUACGCCAGCCGCAACGGGGACUCUUUAGCCAACGGCCUUGAGGAUGUGCAGCUCAUCCCUGUGCGCGCGUCCUCUUUGAGCCGAUCCGUGCCGCCGAGCCGGUCGCAGUGCUCGCCGAGACCGCCCUCCAAAACCUCCACGUCGAACGUCCGGCCACAGAGUGAGACCUCCAGCUGCUGGACACAUCGUCGCGGUGAAGCGCCCGCUACUUGGACUGGGCGAAGACAUCGGGCUCAUUCGAAGGUGAAUGAGGAUAUCAAGUCUGCGGUUUCAUGA